AUGUUGCUUCCAGGGUACAGCACUCUUCAGCAAUGGGGGUACCCCGAUUCAGAAGGCUAUAGCAGCCUUUCUCCAACAUCCUCUGUUGACUCUUUCAGCUUUUCACCUCCGAAUCAAUCCUCUAGCUUAGGUGAAGAUGACAACUUUCAAACUUCUUCAUCCAAGAUUGAAGUUCAACAAACCAGACAGAUGGAGGUACCAGCAAACAAGAGCCACAGAAGAAACAGAACCAUUUCUCAUCAGCGACAGAAUGCUAGUGAGAGGGAGAAGAUGAGAAUGAGGAAUCUCUCCACAGGUCUCCAGAACCUGAGAAGAUACCUUCCAGCAGCGGUGGCACCAGUUGGUAAAAACCUGACAAAAAUUGAGACAUUGCGUCUGACAAUCCGCUAUAUCGCACAUCUCUCUGAUGUUCUUGGCCUGGAUGAUGAGACCCUGAUGAAGAGAAUGGAAGAAAGCCGCAGAAUAGAUAUCUGUCCAGUUGGCCUUAGCUGCUCUCAAGGCAAUAUGCAUGAAAUUAGUUCAGCUGCAAGAACACAUUUUACAGAUACUUUUUCAACAAUAUUUCCAGAGACAGCAAGCCCUACUUUCAUGGACACUAACCCUUCUUCAGCAGACACGUACUCUCUACAAUUCACAGAUCAAGGCUUGCCUGAAGAGACAUUCUCAUCAUGUGCCAUGACCUCAUCACCAAUACCAGACUUGAAAGCAUGCCCAUCACAGCCACCAGUUUCUCCAGACCUGGGUUUUUGUCAGGAUAUGAUUGAUGAUAUGUGGGAUGAGCAUGAAAAUGAAAAACUCUGGACAUCGUUCCAAACUGAAGAACACCUCCACCUGCAACAUUUCUGCUAA